AUGCUUAGGGUCGGAUUAGGGGCAGGUGGGUCUCACUUCAGGGCGUCGCUGUCGAAGGGGGCCUGUGUGCAAAUCAGACAUCUGGGCACCAAUGGGUUCAGAAACACCCAUCGUGUUAGGGUUCUUGUGUUCAACACCAUGAGGCGAGCAAUCUCGAACCAGGUUUUGGUGAGGUCCUCUCGUCGGUCGUUCUCCAUUUUCAGUAUAGGAAAGGCUGUGUCCAAUGUAGCCAAGGUGCCCGUCUAUUUGGGUGGAGGAUUAGCUGCAGCAGGGAGUUAUGUCAUGUACAAAGUAGAAGAAGCAUCAGACUAUACUAGUGAACAGUUGGACAAGGCGAAAGAGUUUGCCGGGGACUUGAAGGAAGGGUUUGGAGUUUUCAUGGAUUCGUUGAAGAGCCAGUUCCCAUCAAAUGACGAGGUCGAAGGUGCGUCGAAAAAGUACAAUAGCAACAAUAGCAACAAUAGCAACAACAACAACAACAACAACAAAGGAGGUGACAAUGGAGAUGACGAGAAAACACUUGUUGGAUCUGUUGCAUCCGGUAUUGGAAUAGGGAAAAGUUUAAGUAAUGGCUACAAAGAUAUGGGAGAAGAAGAAGAAGAAGAUCUGGAGCUGCUCGAAGACGACGACGAAACUAGUGAUGAGGAGGAACAGAGACAACGUGAAAUGUUGGAGGAUCAAAUGCUCAACCUCACGAGGCAAAUGAUUGAAAUUAGAAACAUCCUCUUGAAUGUGAAUGGAGCUACGGAUUUGAGAUUACCUUCUAUUGUUGUGAUAGGCUCUCAAAGUUCGGGUAAAUCCUCUGUCCUAGAGAGUAUCGUUGGUCAAGAAUUUCUACCAAAGGGUUCAAAUAUGGUCACUAGGAGACCCAUUGAAUUGACUCUAGUUAACGAUCCUUCAAGUGCUUCGGAAGUUGCUGAAUUCCCUGCUCUGAAGAUGUUCAAUAUGACAGAUUUCCAGCAAGUGCAAAAAGUCUUGGUCGACUUGAACUUGGCCGUCCCUCAUGAUGAGGCUGUUUCUUCAGAUCCAAUUCAACUGACAAUCAAAUCUCCGAGAGUCCCCGAUCUUUCCUUGGUUGAUCUACCAGGUUACAUCCAAGUUGAAGCGGCUGACCAACCAAUGACUUUGAAAUCAAAAAUCAGAGAAGUUUGUGACAAGUAUCUUGAGCAGCCCAACAUUAUUUUGGCAAUUUCUGCUGCUGAUGUCGAUCUAGCAAAUUCAUCUGCCUUGAGAGCAGCUAGAAAAGCUGAUCCAAGGGGGGAAAGAACUAUUGGUAUUAUUACCAAGUUAGAUCUGGUGGAUCCUGAUGUAGGAAGGGCUAUGCUGACCAACAAAAAGUAUCCAUUGAAAAUGGGUUAUGUUGGAGUAGUUACUAAAAUCCCUAAAUCUAACUCGAUUUUCCAAAAGCAAACAGGCUUACAGGCAUUUAUUGCACAGCAGAAUGAGGAACGGAGAUUUUUUAGGGAGAAUAAGGAGGUAUUCGAAGGCACGAGUGUUGGAACCAAACUAUUGAAAAAGAAACUUAUUCGUGUUUUAGAGAGGUCCAUGUCUGCAGCUUUGAAACCGAUGCAGCAGCAGGUGAUCAAUGAAUUGGAGGAGACGAGCUAUAAAUUUAAGGUUGAAUUUAACGAUAGAGAUUUAACGGCAGAGAAAUAUAUGGCUCAGACUAUUGAUAACUUGAAAAUGGAAAUAAAAGAAUUCAGUGAGAGAUUUGGGAGACCCGAAUUAAGAUCUUUACUAAGGAGUGAAUUAGACCAAAAGGUUCUAGACGUUUUAGCAUUGAGAUAUUGGAAUAAAUCGGAGCCGUAUAUAAAGAAGAAUCCAGGUUACGCAGACUUGGAAUACGAAGAGCCUUCAAUUUCAGAACUAAACUAUGCUAGGAAUGAUGAAACCUUUUGGCAUAGGAAGUUGGAUCUAUCUACAGCCAACUUAACCAAAAUUGGAGUUGGUCGGCUUUCAACCUCUUUAGUAACAGAAGCAAUUCUGACUGAAAUCGAUGUAUUGGUUAACAGCUCCAAUUUGAGAAAUAACAAUAUGAUUAAGACCGCCAUCAAGGAUGCAGCAGCAAGUGUUUUAAGCCAACGGUUCAACUCAACAGCGGACCAAGUUGAAAAUUGUAUCAAGCCGUUCAAAUACGAAAUUGAAGUUGAGGACCGAGAAUGGGAUUUAGGCAGGAAGCAUGCUAUCAUGCUACUCAAUGAAGAGUUGAGAGAGUCCCGGGCAGCUUAUGAUUUGAUCAAGAAAACUGUUGGUGGAAAUAAACUGAAGCAAAUAUUAACUUAUAUUCAAAACGAGCAUAAUAGUGUCGGACAAAACAUAGAACGUGAAAAUAUGGGAUUCAGCCCAGGUUUGUUAUUGAGAGGACGUGAAGCAUUAUUUCUGAAUGAUAGAGUAAAUAUCUUGAAUAUGAGGUUGAAGGGAUUGCAGAGUUCGAGCUGCAAAUCUAAGGAGAAUAAGUUCAAAUGCCCCGAGAUUUUCCUUGAUGUUGUUGCUGAAAAAUUGACGCAAACUGCUAUACUAUUCCUAAAUGUCGAGUUGUUGAGUGACUUCUAUUACAGCUUUCCGAGAGAGUUGGAAAAGAGAUUAAGUUCUAAUCUAACACCAGAGGAAAUUGAAAGUUAUGCCAAACAGGAUCCAAAAGUUAGGCGCCACAUUGAAUUACAAGAACGGAAGGAACUACUCCAGUUGGCUUUGUCUAAAAUUGAAGAUGUCAUGGCAAUUCAAAAAAGAUUUUAA